AUGAGUUCAUCAUCAUCUUCGUCAUCAUCAACAUCAACAACAACAGUAGAAGUACCACAACAAGCAAUCCAUUCAUCAUCAUCAAGACAUCAUCACAAUCACAAUCAAGAUCCACAACAAAUAUAUACAAAUGACAUUCCAUUAAGAGACCUAAAUAAAAAUCAAGAUAAUUUAAAUAUUGCAAUAUCACAAUUUGAAUCAACUCAACAAAAUGAAAAUAUAAGACGACGUAGAUCACGAAAUCAAAACAAUGAAAACCUAAAAACAGAAGAAGAAGAUGGAUUAAUGUAUAAUUCUGAAAAAUUAGGUAAUACAUUCCCUGAAGGUGGUCGCGAAGCUAAUUUAGUAUUACUUGGAUCAUUUAUGGGAUUAGUUGCAGAUUUUGGGAUUCCAAACACUUUGGGAGCAAUUGAAAGUUAUGUUUCUUCAAAUCAAUUAAAAAAUGUUUCAAAAUCUGAAGUUGGUUGGGUUUUCUCCUUGUAUUUGGGAGUAAUGUAUUUAUUUAAUGUAUUUUUUGGUCAUUUAUUUGAUUCAUUUGGUGCUAAAAGACCACUUAUAGCAGGAACGUUAAUGAUUUGUGUAGGUAUAUUGUUGACUGCACAAUGUGAGAAAUUAUAUCAAUUUGUAUUAAGUUUUUCAAUUUUAACUGCAUUAGGUUGUUCAAUUGCAAUGUCACCACUUAUUGGAGCAUUAAGUCAUUGGUACUUACGUAAAAGAGCAAUGGCUUGUUCUAUAGCUACUAUUGGUGGAUUAGUUGGGGCAUCAGUAUUUGCAAUAAUGUUACAACAAUUAUAUGAUAAAAUUGGAUUUAAAAAUGCAAUGAGAGUAUUAAGUUGUAUUUGCUUUUUUUGUAUGUCAUGUUCGAUUUUUUUAGUAAGGGAAAGAAAACCUGAAGAUAAACAAAAUUUACCUUCUACUACUAGUAUUAAUUUUGAAAUCAUUGAAGAAGAAGUUACAAUUCCUGAUGGUCAAAAUGAAGUGGAAUUACAAAAUCAAGAAUCUACUAAAACUAAUUUAUCUAUAAAAUCUAAAAUUAAUCAUUUUUUCAAAGAAGCAUUAGAUUUAAGUGUUUUAAAAGAUAUGAAAUUUGUUUCAUUAACAAUGGCUGUAUUUUUAUCAGAAGUUGUAUCAAUGACAACAUUAACUUAUUUGGGUUCUUAUGCAUUAGCAUUUAAUGUCAAUAACACUUCCGCUUAUUUAAUAUUAACCAUUGUUAACAUAUGUGGUAUCCCAUCAAGAUUAUUAUCAGGAAUAAUAGCUGAUAAAUACGGUAGAUUCAACAUGAUGAUAAUCACAUCUUUAUUCACAACAAUAAACAUUUUUGCAUUAUGGUUACCUGCAAAAAAUGUAAAAUUACUUUAUGUAUUUAGCGUAUUUUUUGGAAUAUCAACAUCAGCAGUAUUAUCAUUAAUUCCUGCAUGUGUAGGACAAAUUUGUUCAAGUGAAACAUUUGGUAAAAUAUAUGGUACUUUAUAUUUCUUUUUAGGAUUUUUAACUAUAUUAGGAAUGUAUUUAGCUACUUUAGUUAUAAAUAAGGAGACUCAACAAAAUUAUAGAAAUUUUGUUAUUUUCGAAGGGUUACUUAGUUUUGCUAGUGUUUUAAGUUGGAUUUGGGCUAAAUAUGCUGCUGUUGGUUGGAAAAUAUGGAGUAAAUUCUGA